AAUAUGCAUCUAAUGGAAAAAAUGAAGACUUGUGCGACCACGAGCAGCUUUUCUUUUCGCGGAUACACCCCCUCACCCCCGUCUACGGCCCCCUUACCGACGAAGUUCCACGGCAAAGAACUCAUGAUGAAUAGCAUACGAAGUGCGCCUAAUCUACCGACUCACCCCAAGUCCCGUUUGAAAGAGCUGCACCUCCCCGUCAGAACUCUGAGGGGCAGAUCGCCAACAACAAGUAGCGACAUUCUACAAAUACAAGGAAGCGCUUUCGAAAUAGAGUUCAGUGAAAAGUCAAAUCAAUCAAUAUCAGAGUUCAAAGGACGACCCGGCCAUUUGAUGAUCUCUGACAAAGAGAGACUCUACGAAAUGAAGGGUAGGCCAAGAAAGGAUCUGUUAUUGGUAAAUAAGAGGUCAAAGAAUAGUUUAUUAGAAUAUAAAGGUAGAAGAAUGAGGCAUAAGUAUUCGAGUAAUGAGAGUAUGACAACUAGCAGUAGUGGUGGAAGUAUGGAGAGCAUUAAGAGUAGUACUAGCGAGGGUAAUAGGAGUACUUCUAGUUCGGAGAGUAGACAGUCACCCACGCUGAGUUCGCAUAGUUCGGAAUCUGGUGCCCCACACGGCAACAAGAUCCACAUCCUCAGUCCAAUAUCCGACAAAUCGUCCCAGGAACCAAUAUCGGAGACGUCCGACAACAAUAAGAACAAUAACUCCCAGAAGUGUUCUCCCGAAGAAGUGGCACCGAACACGGAAUAUCAAAAAACUAAACGUCGCCCUCUUCAGAACAAAAACUUAUUGAAUUUAGGUUUUCAUACCAAUCCGGAAAUUCAAGGAUCCGACAGCGGAAUUUCAAUUCAGUCGCGCGAAGGGAUCAAAUCGAGAUUCGGAUCCACCAUAGCCGCAUUAUCAGCACCACAGAAUCAGCAAACCUUUUUCGAUUUACCGUUUGACAUGCCAAAAUUGAGACGCCGAAGAGGACUCCCAGAGAUAGGAUGUACUUCUAGUAGCGCCGCGUCGGUGGAUCUCCGAGAUAUGCCCUUUGACAUGCCCAAGUUGAGGCGUCGCAUGAGACAACAAUCCUCCAACCUGGAAGUCAGUGCGUCCCAAGCUUCGUCCAGCCAAAGCAUCAUGAAGGUAGAUAGACAAGAGCAGAGACCUAUAGCAGGUCCGGUUAUUGAUGGAGAACAUAGAAAUAUCAUAAGAAUGGCCUCCAGAAGUGUCAUAGAGCAGUUCACAGAAGGCAUCAUUCGCGUAGUGAAUUCAUCCAAAGCCAAAUUGACGAUUACUAAUAUGGGUCAGAGUUCACAAGAUUAUCCUGAUGCUGAAACCCGAUCAUUGAUCAAAUUCAAUGUGUUAGAUUGA